AUGACGCCAGUAUGGAUUUUCCCAGCGUAUCCACUAUUGAUUAUUGGACCGCUGGCGGGUUCACUGUGUAGCAAGCUGGAACCACAACAAUCUUUUCCAACAAUUUUAGUCGGACUAACUGUCCAAGGCGUUGGGUUCUUGGUGUCUCUAAUGGUAUAUUCUGCAUUUAUUUACAGACUUAUGUCACAAAAACUUCCCAGGGUGAAUAUAAGGCCGGGGAUGUUCGUUUCGGUGGGCCCAAGUGGAUUCACGGUCACGGGCAUGAUUAACCUCGCAAGGGAAGCCUCACGAGUGUUUCCGAAGGAGUUCCUCGGGAACGGGCCAAUGGUGGCAUUUGUUUUCCUUGCUUGCAAUUUUUUUUUCCUCGCUGCAACAUCCGCCCACUGGUCUGUGGUUGGACCAGGGCGAUUAUCGUUUUCGAUGAAUUGGUUCAGUUUUGUUUUUCCCAACACUGCGCUGGUCACUGCGACAUUUGCAGUCGGGAAAGCUUUUUCCUGCAAAGCAAUCAACAUUGUGGGGUGUGUGAUGGUGUUUCCCUUGGUCUUGAUGUAUCUCUUUGUUUGCGGAAUGAUGAUUCGGGCUAUUGCCCUACGCCAUAUCUUGUGGCCUCAAAAGGGCGAAGAUCGAGAUGAAGGGGGUUUUAAGAAUCAGCCUAGGAGACCAGAUACGACCAUCUGCUGCGGAGAUGGUCCGUGA